UCGCGUCGCGUGGAAGUCGCCAUUACCGAAAUUUCGUUUUUUACUUAUAAAUUCAUUAUUUCACCUCCGAUUUUCACGAAACUUCACCGCUCACUUCCCCAACGGUCUCCCCUCACUUCACCUGACCUUCGAAGACCUACCUGGACGGAAAUCCUUUCGUGCGCGACAAGUAUUUUUAUAUAUAUUUUUGUUCAAAGUAUUGUUUAAAGUGUUCAGUAUGGCAAGCAAGAAGAACACAACGACACUGACCAUGGAGGACCGUUUGAAAGUGUUGAAUGAAUUAAAAACAUUUAGUAUUUCUAGUGUUGCUAGAAAAUUCAAUGUCCAUAAAUCAACAAUUUGUAGGAUCAAGAAUAAUGCUCCAAAAAUUAUGCAAUUUGUCGACAAAAGCAAGGUGCAACGGAAACGCCGAAGGAUACGUGCAUCUGCACACAGUGCAUUAGAGCAAAAUUUGCUGACAUGGUUCACAGAGAGGAGAACCCUUGGCGACUUUAUAUCGAAUGCUGCGCUUUUGGAGAAAGCAGUUGAACUAAAGAACAACAUGGGAUUACCAUCGACAUUUAAAGUCAGCAAAGGAUGGUUAACAGGUUUCAAAAAACGACACAACAUACGCCUAGUUCAGGUGUAUGGAGAAAGCACGAGUGCCGAUGAGGAUGCGGCGACAAAAUUCACCGAAGAUUUCACAAAAUUGUUAGAAGAAGAUAAUAUAAAUAUGGAAAAUAUUUAUAAUAUGGACGAGACUGGACUUCUCUGGAAAGCCUUACCGCCGAAAACAUUAGCGGACAGAAGAGAAAAGAAUAUACAAGAUUUCAAAAGCCGUAAAGAGCGUAUUACGGUAGGUUUAUGUGCAAAUGCAUCCGGGACGCACAAGUUAAUGCCGCUUAUUAUUAAUAAAUAUGAAAAUCCUAGAGCAUUGGAGCAUUGUAAAAACAGUCUGCCCGUAGUUUUUAAAUCACAGAAGAACGCUUGGAUGACCCAGACAUUGUUUAUAGAUUGGUAUCAAAAUCAUUUCAAGCCAAGUGUACGAACAUACCAACUGAGAAAUUCAUUGAUUGGCAAAGUGAUUUUGUUGGUUGAUAAUUGCAGAGGAUAUACAGUAGCAUCCGAAUUAUUGGAUGAUGGACAUUUUCAAAUUAUAUACCUCCCACCAAAUACAACCAGUCUAAUACAACCAAUGAAUCAAGGGAUAAUAGCGAAAUUAAAAAUAGUGUAUCGUCAGAAAUCCCUUCGACAAGCGACACAAUACGUAGGCGGAAUAAAUGUUUUUCAGAAACAAUACACAUUAAAACAUUGCAUAGAAACAUUGCACCAGUCUUGGAUGGAAGUAUCGCCGGAAAAUAUUUUCAAUGCAUGGAAGAAAAUCAUUCCAAGUGAAAUGGAUUUAUACCAUUCUUCCAUGCAGAGAGACUUAAGUACCAUAACGGGAGAAACGUUCACGGAAGAAGAUGUUGCACAUUUUAUAACAGACUGUGAAGAAGAGGAAUCAAAAAGAUCCAAAGAUGAAAGUGACGAAGAUGAAAGCACAGACGAAGAUGAAAAUGCGGAAGAAACAGAACAACAAGAGAAUAAAAUGAACGAAUUAAAAUAUUUAUUUCAACGGCUGCAGGACCACGUAUCUGACGAACCACCUUUCGUCAAAAAUAUAUUUCAGGUGUUCGAGAAUCAUUUUUUAGGCCCUAAUACAUAAAAGGAAAAAGAUAAAUUACUGACCUCCACUUAGAAGAUGCGAGAAGAUUAGCAGAUACACAGAAAAUUAAUUAUUUGAAAUUAUUUUCCCAAUGAAGUAAUUCAACGCUUAUUGUAAUCAUUUUCCAUUAAAAUCUUUACUGUACACUAAUUAUUUGAAAUAAUUCUAUGUA